UGUCUACUCAAGAACGAGCAGCUUUUUGAGUAUUGUCCUCAUCGCAUUUUUCAGCCGAGUUUAAGAAGCAGAAGCACCGCUACCUCUGAGGAACAUCUUCACGUCGGAGGUCACCUCCGGGAGAAAACAAACGCUAGUAAGGAACUUCUCUGCAGGAAAAGCAGCGCUGUUCACUCGGAACGAACAGGAGCACCACCUCCAUCAUGUUGGAUCUAGAGGCGAGCAACCUGUACAUCGACGAGUCGAUCGGCGAGUUUGUGGACAAGAAGGGGUGGGUGAAAAUGUUCCGGAAGCUUUCGAAGUUUUUCGGCAUGCAGCCCAACGACCACUCCCCGCAGAUGCUCCAGCACGAGGAGCGCGAGCCCUGGCGGCCGCCGCGCAACCAGAAGUCCAAGGAGCGCCGCGACUCCGUGUUCCGGGGCGACAUCUACGUGUACCAGGCGCCCUGCUACGCGAGCAAGUUCUGCAAGAUGCUGAAAACUUCUACUACGGGGGCAGCCGCUCCCGGUUGUUCCGGGGACGAUGUUGACCCAGCGUGCGGAGCCACGUCGACCACGGCCACCUCGGCCGAGUCCUCGUCCUCCGGCUCUUCGUCCUCGUCCUCCGCAGUUGGGAUCCAUGGUCGCAAACCGAGUCUUCAGGCCAUCCCGGCGGACCUCCAGCCGCGCGACCUGCGCGGUUUCGACCUGUGGACCGACGACCCCCGCACGCGGUCCGGGGGCAGCACCGCCCAGAAGUCGACGGCCGCGGCUACCACCGCGUCCUCGUUUUACAACUUUUACAACCGCGGUAGCAAAAAUGCGACCUACACGGCAACCGCUCAGCAGCAGCAGCCACGGGGAAUUUUUGGAUCGUGCGGAAACAGCACCACACCGCAGCGCGGCGUCCUGCCCCAGCGCCAACUUGCUGCGGGCGGCUUGCCGUACAGCUACAAUUUCCUGCAGCAUCACAGCGCCGCGAACCCGAGCGUGAUGUACGGCACGGCUGCUCCUGGUGGUCUGCCUCUCGGUCCGCAUUACAACUGCUUCAACACGACCUCGCCGCCGUUCAGCAGCAGCAGCAGCAGUUCUUCCUACACCGCGAACGGAGGAUUUCCCUACUUCUACAAACCGCAGCAGCGUGGUCCACCUGGGUCCUCUUGUGCACCCCCGUCGUUCAACAACCCGGCAUCCCCGGCGCAAAACGGCGGCGCAUUUCAGCACCCGGGAGGUGAGUUCUUCGAGCAGCCGCGGAAAGUUCCCUCCGCGGCAGCGACGCAAUCGCUGGCCACCAUGAUCACGGCGGCGCUCGGAGACGGCACGUCGCUGAAAAUUGACGACUUCAAGCGGACGGAUGGGAGUCUGGACCUGGAGAAGUUCGCGGAGCUGCUGGCCCAGUCCUUCCCGGAAUUGCAGAACCUGUGCGAGGACGUGCGUGCGCAGACCGGCAACUUCCACGUGAAGACCGCGGAGGAACUGAACUCCGCCGCGGAACUGUUUCGCACCGCCUCCGAGGCCGAGCGCGGGAGCAAGAGCAGCACGCGGAGCAGUGGCGACAGCGCAUCUACGCUGCGCAAUCCGAACGAUCCUUUAUUUGGCGGUCAAGAACAGCAGCUGCUUUCGACGGCGGCAGCGGGAGAAGGGGCCGCUGAAACAAGAGCUGCUCGACAUGGGGCGCUUGAUCAAGAACAAGGCGCGGCUGCGCUGCCCCCGGCGGCCGCCUUCGCGGAAAUCACGAUCGCCAUGGCGGCCGCGCAGCAGCACCACCAUUUCGAGGGCGAGUGCGGCGCGGUGCAAGUGCAAACCCAAACCGAGGAUCAGGCGACGUCGCGGGACGAAAGUCCCUCUGCUUCCGAGCGAAACGUGAAUAAUGACGGGGCGGAGUUGGAUACCAGUAAGACCACCAAUGACGAUGUUCUGUUGCGCAAGGCCGAGCGAACCGCGGCGAAAACCUGCGAAGACCACCAGCGGCAGGAGACUUCUUUGUCAUCCCUCUGUUGCAGCUCCAGCUGCACCCAGGAAGAGGACGCUUGCAAUGCUAGUGCAGAACAAGCUGCGGCUUCUCUUUUGCAAGAAGACCACGAAACUGUUCCGGAAAACAACAUCGAGAACGAAGACCUGGAACGGUUGCGCGUGAUCGACGACGAAAAUCUGCUGGCGCUUUCCGACUUCGUUCCGCACGACGAGCAAACCGAGGAUGCUGUGGCGGACGCCGACGGUGUGGUUCUUGACAGCACCAUCACUGCCGGCGAGGAUGCGUCGCUGCAAAAAUCCGCGACGCCGCAAAACAGUGGGAAAUCUGUUUUUGGACCGGUUACCACCACGAAGAAGCUCGAAGCGUCCCGGCAGACGGGCGCCAUCCAGAUGCGCGGGAACCUGGAGGAGCGGAAAAACCAUCUCGCCUGGCUGCGCGAAAUGAAGCUGAAAGCCGAGGCAACGAGCGGCGCCGAAACCGAGCGCCCGAAGCCGGUAACAACUGCCGUGACGGUCGUGGACGAAACGAAGGCAGCUGCUGGUGAUGCUCCGGAUGAUGAAUCUGUUCCGCAGUGGUCGUCUACUCAACCAGCGCCAAGCCGCUCCCCCGUGUACAGUGCGUUCAAUCUGGGUGCGCAAAGCAACUCGGAGAGCGUCCUAACGGUAUCAUGAUUUCUGAGUGCCAGUUCACUCUACGUCUAGAAAGUAAGAAGCUCUUCUUGUGCUCCUUGCGUUUGGUUUCCAAUUUCCCUUCCAUAAUUUCCUUGUAGAAUUAGAAACAGUUAAACGAACAAGGCUUAAAGCUGCGCGUUAGUUUUUGGAAUCUUCACUCCAGUCCUCCGUACAACUAAAAUCCUCUGCGUCAAUCACGCCUAGAAAUUAAUCGCUCGUAAAAAAUUCGAAAACAGCCGCGGAGUUCCACGCCGGUGAAGCCGCCGAAGCCGUAUUUGGGGAAAAAGAAGCUUCUGAAAGGCCUUCUCGCGGAGCAAGAGCAGCUCUGCAACCUGGGCAUCAAGGGCACCAACCUGCUCAGCUUCAAAGGUGGGAAUAAAGGCAAGGGCAAGAAGGGGAAGGGCAAGAAAGGCGCUGCUGCGGCUUUUUCUCCAGCAACUUUGCCUGCGCCUGCGAUGGUACAGCAACACCAGCAGCAUGACAUCGACGCGAUGCAGUACGAAGCCGCCACGGCGGCCUUCCAACAGGCCCAGGCGGCGGCCGCUGCCUACCACUACUACCUGAAUCUCGGGAUGGCGGCCACGGCGAACAACACCUACGACGACGAGGUUCCGCCUCCUCCCCCGCCCCCGGAGGAGGAUCACGUGAAGACCUCGGUGCAUUCCAAGGGCUUCAGCGCGGGCGGGAAAGGCGGGCAGCCGACGACCACGACCCGGUCUACCACACCGCCUCGAGGACGGCCGCCCCCGGGACUUACCGGCCCCGGCGAGGAUUUUUCCGACUGGUUUGGCUAUGCCGCAGCGUUGCAGGAGGAGCAGACCUGUUCCCCGCCCUCGUCUGCGAACUUGAUGCAGUGGUUCUCUUCACACUAUGAGGAGAGCAACAAACAAACAGACGACGCCUUUUUCUACGAGGAGGCGUACGAACGUCUGCAGCAGGAGCUGGCUGCCACUGCAGACAAAAACACCCUGCUCACGGCGGAGCAGCACCAAAUUUAGAGGAGGAGAAGAAGAACAAACGACGAUGAUUCCAAUUGUCUGUGACAUUUUAUUCCCUCGGAAAGAAAUCAAUUCUGCCGCCAGUUGUGCACAGCAGCCGGAGCAGGGCUGCAGAAAUCAUGAAAAUUUUGUUUCUGUCUUGCGUCAUGAAAAACACGACAAGCAUUUUGCAUGAGGUUCACAUUGAACUCUUUACUGUCCACUCUCGAGAAGCACGAAAAAAUUUUGUAUGUGUAGCUCCAAGGAAUUUUCAGUUUACAAAGAAAUCUUUUACCCUACUGACUCGUCAGUAACCUCUUUUUCUAUCAGUACGUAAUCCCGUAGUUUUGAAAUCUCUCCAACUAAGUUCUGCUCUCUCUUUUUCCAAGACGUGCAAGUAUGACCAGUCCAUGCCUGGACCCGCAUCGCACUUAAUGAAAUCUCUACUUUCAUAAACACUUUUUGCGCUCUUCAUUUUUUUGUUCUCGACCUUGUUUUGCAUUUCCUUUUUUUGUCUUACAACUUUAUCACUAUUUUUGCCCAUACAUUUUUAACAUAGAUUUACAUAUGAACGAAACUAGACGAAUCUAGCGACGACCUAGAGAGAACUAACAUGAAUAAGUACCUAAAGACGAGGCGUCCCCAUCUAGCCUCUCGCUGCACGACAACUCUACUUUCCUUAUCAACACCUCCCUCGUUUAAAAAAGAAGCCAUUUUUAGUGACGCGGCCUAUCUGCGACAUGAAUCAAGUGGACAUCCAUAGAUACUUACUUAACAAGAUAUACCAAAUCUCUUUGAUUUCCAACUUUCUGCGCACUUUUCUUUAUCUUUUUCGGCUUUAUUUUGCAAGUACGUAACUCUAACAU